AUGGAACCCAUGAACAGCCGUGCCCGUGGCUACAAGGAUGCUGUCAAGGCGCUCAAUUCGUUGCAGUCCAACUUUGCCACCAUAGAAGCCACGAAAAAAUUGGGUCCUAGUGUCAAUCGAAAUGAGGUUUCGCUCAGGGAGGUUUAUGAAUAUACUCGUCGUUUAGGUUACAAACCAGAAGAUUUCAACAAACUCAACUUGAUCCAUGUGACCGGCACGAAGGGCAAGGGGCUGACGUGUGCGUUCACAGAGUCGAUUUUGUCACAAUAUCAGGGAAGUAAUGGACCCAUAGGAAAGAUUGGACUUUUCACUUCGCCCCAUUUAAAGUCUGUUCGAGAGCGGAUUCGGAUCAAUGGCCAGCCCAUUAACGAGCUCAAGUUUGCCAAGUACUUUUUCGAUGUUUGGGACCGGUUAUCUUCAACCGAAUCGUCGCCCGAUGAGUUUCCGCACUUGCAGCCAUGCAACGAGGUUAAGCCAAUGUACUUCAAGUAUUUGACCAUUAUGUCGUUCCAUGUGUUUAUGAGCGAGGGUGUGGACACAGCCAUCUACGAGGUGGGCAUUGGGGGCCACUACGACUCCACAAAUAUAAUAGACACCCCGGUGGUGACUGGUAUAUCUAGCUUGGGUAUCGACCACACUUUUAUGCUUGGAAACACCAUUGAGUCUAUCACGUGGAACAAGACGGGAAUCUUCAAGAAGGGUGUUCCUGCGGUGGUUAGCGAGCAGGUAGAACACCCGGAGGCGAUUGAAUUUAUUAAAGAACGAGCAAAAGAGCGCCAAGUUUCGUCUUUGGAAAUAGUGUCACCAAACAUCUUGCCCACCCACCAGAAGUUGGGAUUAGCUGGAGACUUCCAACGCCAGAAUGCAGCGUUGGCGGUGAAAUUGGCAGCAAUUCGGUUGGAGAAACUCGGCGUGCCUCUGGAUGAGUUGCCAAAUUAUGAGGAAGCACUUCUUCCCGACAAGUUCAUCAGCGGGUUGGAGAAAACUCAAUGGCCCGGUCGGUGUCAGAUCAUCAAGGAUAAGCCAGGAUUCGAAAAAAUCACCUGGUACAUUGACGGCGCGCACACCAUUGAGUCUAUGGCUGUGGCUUCAAAGUGGUUUGCCCAACAAAUGGAAACAAGUAAACCGGCUGCAAAUAACAUCAAGGUUCUUCUUUUUAAUCAACAGAAUAGAGAAAAUGCCGGGGAUUUGCUCGUCAAGCUUUAUGAAGUGAUGGCGUCUUCCAAAUUCAGAUUCAACCACGUUAUUUUCACCACCAAUGUCACCUGGUCAAGUGGUGACUACAACGCCGAUCUCGUCUCCAUGAACACCUCCAAAGACCUUGUCGACAAGCUCGUGGUCCAGAAAAUGCUUGCUGGAAUAUGGAGCGAGCUAGACCAGAAGAAUAAUGCCAGCACUCGCAAACACAUUCUCCAUGAGAUAGAAACCAGUGCAAACUUUAUCAAGAGUUUGACCAACGAGGCCGACGUCGAUGUGUUCGUUUGUGGCUCCUUGCAUUUGGUCGGAGGUGUUCUUGUAGUUCUCGACAACGAGCACGAUUGA